UAACAUUAAACAUGGCGGACUUUGGGGUUUGUGUCUAGCAAAGGAUAAUGUUUUGUUGAAGAUCCUCACUAAAUCGAGCGUGCACGUUUCUGACAGCGUUCAUUGGCUCCUGGAGUGGAUGAUUCAGCAGGAGAAGCCCCAGCUGCCUGCCACCAUGCCGGUGGUGUGGCCUAUGCUUCUUGACCUCAGUCGAGAUGAUUGUAAACGAAUCCUGCGCAAGCUCGAACUGGAGGCAUAUGCCGGAGUGAUCAGUGCGCUUCGUGCCCAGGGUGAUCUCACCAAGGACAAGAAAGACCUGCUUGGGGAACUUACCAAAGUAUUAAGCAUCUCAACUGAGCGUCAUCGUGCAGAGGUGCGGCGUGCGGUGAACGAUGAGCGUCUCACUACCAUCGCAUACCACAUGUCUGGGCCGAACAGCUCGUCAGAGUGGUCUAUUGAAGGGCGUAGGCUGGUCCCGCUGAUGCCCAGGCUGGUGCCUCAGACUGCUUUUACAGUGACCGCCAACGCAGUAGCCAGUGCCACGGCCCAUCAGAACUCUUCUCUGCUUCUUCCUGCAGAGACUGGCAACAAAGAAGUGGUAGUGUGUUACUCGUAUACCAGCACUACAGCCACGCCCCCUAGUGUAACUGCCCCCAGCGGCAGUGUGGCAGCUACAGUCAAGUCACCUCGGCCUACAAGCCCCGCCUCCAACGUGGUAGUGCUGCCCAGCGGGAGUACAGUAUAUGUGAAGAGCGUUAGCUGCUCUGACGAGGACGAAAAGCCUCGCAAACGCCGCCGCACCAACUCCUCAGGUUCAUCACCUGUUCUGCUCAAGGAGGUGCCUAAAGUGACCCCACCCGCCUCAAAGAGCAUCACGGUGCCGGUGAGCGGCAGCCCGAAGAUGAGCAACCUGAUGCAGAGCAUCGCAAACUCGCUGCCACCACACAUGUCUCCAGUGAAAAUCACCUUCACCAAGCCGAGCACACAGGCCACUAACACCGCCCCCCAGAAAGUUAUUAUUGUUACCACAUCUGCAAGCUCCAGCUUUGUUCCCAACAUCCUCUCCAAGUCUCAUAACUAUGCAGCUGUGUCAAAGCUGGUGUCCAGUUCUGCAGUCACAUCAUCCGGUCAGAAGCAGACCAUGGUGAUAUCAGCAGGCAACACCACAGCUCCAGGCUCUGUCGCCGUGACGACUGUGGUGUCCUCCACUCCGUCUGUGGUCAUGUCCACUGUGGCUCAAACUGGCUCUACAGCAGCAGUGAAAGUGGCCUCAGCGAGAAUGCCCUCCCCCAAAGCUCUGGUGGGUUCUUCCUCUCAGAUCCUCCAGUUCCCUAAGCAACAACAGCAACAGUCGCAGCAGUCAGUUUCACCCAAAGGCCUAUCUGCGUCUCCUCUCUCUUCCUCACCUCAAACCACCAGUACAGUGUCGGUGUCCAAACCCACCAUACAGAUUAAACAAGAGUCAGGUGUGAAGAUCAUCACCCAGCAGAUGCAGCCUAGUAAGAUUUUGCCGAAGCCCUCGAGUGCAGCCAUGACGAGUAGCAGCUCUGGUCCCAUCAUGGUAGUGAGCAGUAAUGGAGCUAUUAUGACCACAAAGCUGGUCUCCACCCCUACAGGGACCCAGGCUACGUACACCCGGCCCUCAGUAACACCCUCCAUCGGAGCUCGAAUGGCCACAUCACCUGCUGGGACCACAUACGUCAAAACCACCAGCGGCAGCAUUAUAACAGUGGUGCCCAAGUCUCUUGCUACACUGGGCGGGAAGAUCAUCAGCACCAACAUGGUUUCUGGCACCACUACAAAGAUCACUACUAUUCCCAUGACCUCCAAACCCAAUGUCAUCGUGGUGCAGAAAACCACUGGGAAAGGAACCACCAUCCAGGGCUUACCUGGGAAGAACGUGGUCACCACACUGUUAAACGCUGGGGGGGAGAAAGCACUGCAGGCUGUACCGGGAGCAAAGCCUGCCAUCAUUACAGCUUCUCGGCCCAUCACGAAGAUGAUUGUAACCCAGCCGAAGAGUCUGGGCUCGGCUGUGCAGCCUUCUACCACCACCAAGCUCAUCCCCACCAAGAUAGUCUACGGCCAGCAGGGCAAGACCCAGAAUGCCUUGCAGGUGCUGAUCAAGCCGAAGCCAAUGGCGUUUCAGGCGACAGUAGUGAGUGAGCAUGCAAGGCAGCUGGUGAGUGAGACGCUGCAGCAGGUGACCCGUGGUCCUGAGGCUGGCGUAAUAGCAGGCCAGGAGGGGGCGCUCAAGGACGACUCUCCGUCCUACAUGGAAAGCAGCCCAACAUCUUCAGACAAUACUCAUGACACCCAGGCGGUCGUGCAUGUCAUCAGCUCCAGGGCCCAGGACUGGACAGAACAAGAAGUCUCAGUGGAAGCGAGUCCCACCAUCAUUUACCAGGACAUGAGUGGUGAAGCUCAGUCUGCCACGUCUACCAUUAAAGCCCUGUUGGAGCUGCAGCAGACCACAGCGAAGGAAAAGGCAGAGGCCAAGCUUCGGCAGCACACCAUUGAUCUGAGUCAGAUGGCAGUGCCAAUACAGAUGUCUACAGAGAGGAGACAGUCACCUGAACCCUCAGGCCAGGCUGCAGGCGAGCCUGAGACCCCAGCAGACGCCACUGGUAAAGUGGUGAAGGCUGCAGCAGGAGGUGAAGUGUCUGCAUCCUGCAGUCAGUCAUCAGCUCUGUCUUCCACGGUGAAAAGCUCGAACACUGCUCUGUCCACCAGCACCAGCUCAAUCACUGUUCAGGCAGGAGCAGGCAAGCCCUUGGAAGAGCAAGCCAUAGUGGAGGAAGGUGAAAUGGAAGGUGACACAUUGGACCCUCAAACUGGACUGUUCUACAGAGCAGUGACUCCCUCAGCCCCACCUCCUCCACCUCCUCCUCCUCCCACUCUUCAGCAACACCGCACCCCGACACACACCCUUAGCAAGCCAGUGGUGCUCUCCAUAUCCACUCCCACCAAGUCGACUCUCAGCCAGACCGAGGCCUCUAAACUCAGCCCCAGCACCAGCACCAGACCUCCAGCUCCAGCUCCAGUGACCACACGGGUGGAUAAACCCUCUGUCUCUCCUGCUCCUUCUCUUUCCACUCCAUCUGGAUCUGGAGCCCAACACACUCCCCCCACCAAAUCCAUUCACACUCCACAGCUGCCCCGACUACAGCAGGCGCCAAGCUCACACAACCGACCCAAAACACACACACAGCUCUCCCAGCCCCCACCACUGCAGGCCCACCAUCCUGUGACCUCAGAUAAACUGGCCAGCAGCAGCAGCCAGACAAUCAUAACACAAGGAGCAGCAGUCACUAAAAUCACAUUUGGGGCUACUCCUGUGUCCAGUAGCAGCAGCGAGGCUGCAGUGAAACUGCACGCAGAGUCCAGCUCGGAGAAACCCAACGUCUCAGACAUCCUGAAGAUCUCCAUGAUGGAGGCAGAGAUCGAGCCGGGCACCGAGGCCGUGGUGGUCGACUCAUCCAGUGACUGCAGCACCUUCAGCAAAGCUGCCUCUACUUCACCGCUCAUCAGCAGCUCCAAACAUACACUCACACACACACAUUCUGCCUUUGGACGCAUCCAGAAGAGCAAAGACCUGGACAUUAUACAGGUGAUCCCACAGUACUCCAUCAUGCCUGACUCGAGCCAGUCAAACGUUGUGGUGGAGCCAAGCGGUUUUCUGGAGAUCACCGACUACACCAGCCAGCGCCUAGACGACGAGGCUACUCUGGACCAGGAAGUGGACAGCAGUAACGACGAGGGUGCAGCACCCAGUCCCAUGGAGACCUGUGCUGACCAAUCCCAGUGAGCAUGGGCUCUUACCAAACACAGCAGCAUUCACACGAUCAUGAACAAUGAAUGAAUGAGCAGGAAUAAGAGAGAAUCUGGCAUAGCUGGUGACAUUUUAGGACAUUUCCUGAAGAGGAUUUUCUAAAGAAGACUUAAAGAGACAUUCUCUUAAACAGAACCCUUCAGUAUCUUACAGUAGUUAUUCUUCACAACUAUUUCUUCUCAACACAUUUUUGUUUUUUAUUCCAGGACAGUAUUUCACCCAGAACUGGGAUUACUAUAUGAUAAAUUCCGAAAGGAGAUGAUUGGACCGGUUUGGCUUUGUUUAAUUAAUAUCCUGUGUUUUUAGAGCAGGAUUAAUGAGUGUUUAAAGGUUCACCCUAACGUGUCAGUUUGUGCUUGUGUUCUGGAUAUCAUACUAUAGAUUUAAAGAGUAUGAGCUCUUGGCUUAGAAUUGUUUAUGUUGAAUUGUUAAGAGUAGAAUUUUGAAUUGUUUCCUGUCUUUUUUUUGUCUGGAAGAGUGUGCACUGUAGCGCUUAGUGUAAAUAACGUCCCGACGCUUACACAGGUAGUUGUAGAGACGUCUUAUCAUGAUGCAUUUGUACAUUGACAGUUGUCUCCAAGUUUCAAAAGCAGAAACUUCCCCCAUUCGCUCAAUCAUGCUUUGUUGUCUUUUAAUGUACAACACUUUUAAUAGAGUAAACUUUAAUUUAGGAUUCAAACCA